UGGAGGGGAGGGAUUGCUAGGCUAUAUAAAGAAGGGCAGCAAAGGGGAAUAAACGAAGAGGGGCGAGUUGUGCUGUCAUCUUAAACAUUAACUAAAUAAAUACAAAUAAUACAUGUAUAUAUUAUCUUUGGGGUGUAGGGCAUCAUUCAUGUAAUUAUUAGGAAUACUUUCCGGCCAGCGCCAUAUCUGAACAAGAAAAGCCUUGCUGUAACAUAAAUCGCAGGCAGGUUUCCACAAAGGUUCCUGUCAAGCAGUAGGAAUUGCUGGUUGCAAGUAAUAAAAAUGGGAAAGGAUUAUUAUAAAAUUCUGGGGAUACAAAAAGGAGCACCAGACGAGGACAUCAAAAAGGCUUACAGAAAGCAAGCUCUGAAAUGGCACCCUGAUAAAAACAAGUCCGCCAACGCAGAGGAGAAAUUCAAGGAAAUUGCCGAAGCUUAUGAGGUGCUUAGUGACCCAAAGAAGAGGGAGAUUUAUGACCAAGUUGGAGAAGAAGGGCUUAAAGGAGGGUUUGGAGGUGGUGAUGGACAGGAAGGCAGUUUCCAGUACACAUUCCAUGGAGACCCCCAUGCUACGUUUGCUGCAUUUUUCGGGGGCUCCAACCCUUUUGAAAUGUUUUUUGGGAGACGGGCAGCCAACGGCCGGGAUGAAGAUGAUAUGGAAGUGGACGCGGACCCCUUCAGCUCGUUCAGCAGCUUCAACAUGAACGGGUUCCCGAGAGACAGGCAUGGGGGGCGUGGGCAGAUUCGACGCAGGCAAGACCCUGCCAUCAACCACCAGCUGAAAGUGUCCCUAGAGGAAAUCUACAGCGGCUGCACAAAGAGGAUGAAAAUCUCCAGGAAGAGACUGAACCCCGACGGCGGGUCUUUUAGAACAGAGGACAAAAUCCUGACCAUUGAGAUCAAACGUGGGUGGAAGGAAGGCACCAAGAUCACCUUCCCCAGGGAAGGAGAUGAAUCGCCCAACACAAUCCCUGCAGAUAUCGUCUUCGUCAUCAAAGACAAACCUCACGCACACUUCAAAAGGGAAGGGUCAAACAUUAUUUACCCUGUUUGGGUCAGUCUGCGGCAGGCGUUAUGUGGUUGUUCAAUCAGUGUGCCAACAAUAGAUGGGAAAUCAUUCAAUUUGAAGAUAAAUGAGGUACUCAAACCUGGAAUGCGAAAAACUCUUGCUGGUCAAGGACUGCCAUUUCCCAAAAGCCCAGAUCAGCGAGGUGAUCUUGUUGUAGAGUUUCAAGUCAACUUUCCAGACAGUCUCCCGCCAUCCACAAAGGAUGUUCUGAAGCGCCAUCUGCCUUGAAAACCUGCAGAAGAUGGGUGUUGUAACAGCAGUGCCACUUAUCAUUUAUACUCUAUGGACUAAACAAACAGUUCACAGACUUGAUACAAAGAAUGUGCAAUAUAUAUAAAUAAUAUAUAUAAUAUUAUUUAGCAAUACUGCAUCUUUUUUAUAGUGCAUGCAGCAAUUAAACAAAAAUGUAAAUAAAAGCUUUUAAUGUUUAAACAGUCUGCUGGGGCUUUAAUACCAGAUGUUCUGCUCUUUUUUUACAAUCAUUGAGACUAAACAUCAUGACAUAGAAAGUGUGCCAAUCUACUGUAUGCAUAUAAACUGACUCACAGUGUGGCUGCUUUGCUGAACUAAUAGUUUCCUUAAACAAUGUGUUUAUAACUAUUGUACCUACAGAAUUUCUAGCUUGAGCUCUGCUUUGAAACAUAUGGCCCUUUUCUUUGCAGUCUGGUAUUGCAGUGACUGUGGCUUAUAUCGUGGUAAAUACAGGCAUGAUGUAAUAAUGUUUUAAAUGCUGGAAGCCUCUAUUAAUAGCACGGUGUGGAUUCACAAUGAAAAGGUCAGUCGUUAUAAUUAUCUUCCUUGUUUGCUAUGGCAACUUUAUAAACAAUAAUGCAAACCACAUGCUGGUACAAAGUCAUGUUUUAAAUAAUAUCAGGCUGUAAGCAAAUUCAUGAAUACACUUCCAGUUGAGUUAAUAUUGUAAUAUGCAACACGUAGCAACAGAAACUCAUCUGAGAUUAGACAAUCUGGUGUACCUAAAUAGUUUUCACAUUUCUUAAAAAUUCCCAUUUGGGCUUUCCCCACAGAUAAAAAGCUGAAAUUAUGUCCAUAUUUGUGGCUGUGUUUCAAAGGAAAAGCUUUUGAAUUAAAAUUAAACUUGAAAUGUCAAUAUAUGGUA